GGCGCUCCCGCGCCGCCAUGUUGGAUGCUGCGGUUCCGCCCUCAGGUGAAGCCGGGCCCAUCGAUGACUCGGCGCUCCCCCGCCGCCAUGUUGGACGCUGUGGUGCCGCCCUCAGCAACAUCGUUAAGUGUCUCAUUGCUUAUUUGAGCUGCUGAAAUUAUUUUCCAGCUGUGAAACAUCUGCAAGAAUGUUUAAAAAUGAAUAUCAGGGUGGCCAGUUUGUUGAACUAUUCAGUGCUCAAGGCAAGAAUCCAGGAGCAAAAUGGAAGAUCUUUGGCAGCCCAUCAGCAAUUUGGAAAGAGUUUGAUAAGGAGGUCAAAGGCUUUAUCUUUGUACUUGAGGGAAGCAGUCAAACCAACAAAAUGCAGCUACCAAAGGAAGUGAGACAGACUCUUGGACUAAUCCAGCAGUUUCUGGUACUUCAGAUUUAUGUACCAUUGGGACAAGACUUCUCCACUGAAUUACUAGUAACUGAUUUAGGAAAUACUAAAAGAAGAUUGUAUUUAUCAACAGUCCAGAAGGAGUUGUCUAUAACUCCUCUGCAUGCAAAAAUUCCUCUUUUUAUGAUCAAGCGCAAAAUAUGGUGUAAUCUGUGUAUUGACUUAGUAGCGUUCACCGGUGAAAUAUUCAAAGGUGCUGUCUUCCAGUCUUUGGAUGGAAUCAUUAUCUCAGCUAAUUGUAAACUCAGAAAGAUCUUCACUUUAAAAUCAAAGCCUCAAGAUACAGCUGAAGGGGAUGAGAUGCAUGGGUUAUUCACAGCUAAUGAACCCACUGAUGUCAUUCCUCGAGCCUGCCAAUUAAAUCAAGAUGUGCCACAAGUUACACAGCUGCUGAACAUGAGUAAACUUCGCCAACCAGAAACAAGAUUUGGAAGUCAUCCCUUAACUUCAUCAGAAUCAGACCAGUUACUUAAUAGAGGACAAGGCAGUAUCCGCCACUGUAAAACUCAAGAUGUGUCACACAUUGCAUUUGGAUCCAAGGUCCUUGGACCACCUCCACCUUCUGGCAGAAGACUUAGUACCAGGGCAUCUGGAGAGGUAAAACCUGUGGGGAGCCGGAGUAAUAGAUCAUGCCAGCAAUCAACCUUAGAAAAGGGAAGCGAAUUGCUACAGGAUGCUGAGCAGCCUGAACCAGCACCCUCGCUAUGCUCUGAAUCUUUAGAUCAGAGAGACAAAGAAAACAUUCACCAAACAAAUCAAACUGCAAGUCAAAAUGCAGAUCGUCACACUGUGAAGCUCCAUCUACCCCAAGAAUCAUUACCAGACAGGACCAUUCAUAGAAGAUAUUGGUUAAAAAAUACUGGCAACCCCCCCCCCGAGAUAAUCAAUGAUGAACAGUUAUGUCCUGAAAGUCGCAGGAAAAGUUAUCACCUGGAUCCCAGUGGGCCGUUGACUGAAUGUGCAACCUACAGGAACUUAGUCGUGCCACCGAACACAGAUGAAGGUGAAAGCAAGCAAACAGGUGAACGGCAAAUCAGCUAUAAACAGAUUUUCACAUUUUCAUCAAAGCCUCGAUCAGCCCCUCGUGGGAAGUCCCCGAGUAUGUCGCCAGAAAGGUGUACGUUUCCCUUGGAUGUAGAUGAGACCUGUAAUGGGCUCCGCAGAGAAGCCCAAAUGGAAGAUGACUUCUAUGGGACUGACAGCAAUGAAGAGGAUGACCUCAGUGAGUCCAUCCAGAGCCCUCAAACCAUCAAGAUCAGUCAUGGUACAUCAUUUGAUUUGCCAGUAUUAAAAGUGAUCCCAUUAAAGAUGAUGUCAGGAAGUCCCGAACACUGGAAGAGUGAAGGAUGGAGCAAGUGUACCCACGUGGAAACAAUGUCCUCAAAAACAGGAGGCUUACUUGUGAAAAAAGUAGCUGCUAAUAACACUCAGACCAGCUUGAUGCCCACCCCCUGUCUUUCUCCAACUGGAAAUAAACCUGACUGUAAAGAAAUCCCAGAGGCCUCUGAAAAGGUGAAGGGGAGUGCAGUUGGUCAAUUAAGAGCAUCAAAUAGUAAGAAGCCCCACAAAAAAAUUGCAAGAGAAAAUUCAAGUCCGGCAGCUGAGACAUCUGAAUACGACUGGAGAAAAUACCAGCCAAGUGGCCUGAGCACGUCUGAACUGCAGAUGUUGGCCAGCAUGAAGAGGCAGCAGAGCGAAGACUCUGAGGAUAACGAGGUCCCACAUGGGCUGAGCGCCUCUCAGAUCGACACCUGCAACGUCAGCAUCAGCACGAGCAGUGACGACACGACAACCUGGAACUCCGGCCUGUCACCCCCUGUCAAUCAAGGUCGUCACUACCAGAAAGAAAUGAACCCACUUUCCCAUUCCAACCCACGAGACUGGCUAAAUGUGUUCAGCCCACCCAUCAUCCUGCCGAGCCAGCAGCUAGCUGGGCACACCGAACCGCCAGCAAGUGUAGGCGCUCCAGGGUGGGGGACCCUAACUUCUGACUGAAGUUGUACCUGUCGCCUCACUGAGGCAGCUCAGAUAAUCCCCUUCCAAGCUUGCUGGCAACCAUAUGUGCCUGCUGAGCUCACUGGGCAGCAUGAGUCCCUUUGCCAUGGGAGCUGGAAGAUGUAAGGGAGAGUGACCAAGCAGCCCCAUGACUCGCGCUGCCCAGACAGGGACACCGCUGGGCUGCCUUUCCUCCCUGCGAGAGGGCGAUGGUCAGCUCAGCAGCCCUGCAUGGAGGAGUGGACGCAGGUGCCCUGAAGAGCUCUCUGGGAAAGGAAGGAGCUCUUGGACGAACUUUGUCCCAGCUCCACUGAGUCCCAGCCGUUCACCUGCAGACCUUGGGAGGUGGUGAUGCAGGCAAGACUGACUGUCUGGGUGUUUUAGUCAAACACAAAUUGUUGGGUGCGGUAAAAUUUAAGGGCCUGUGAUAAGUGGCAUUAAACUAGGCAACCUAGCCUGGUUUCCUGGAAAACACACGUGCUGUAGAACACAUGCGCUCACCUUAACUCUGUGAACCUUUAUACACAGCCUUGUGUAGCCAGAUUAGGGAUUUGACCUGGAAAUAGCAACUGGGUACCUUGCUGUACUUCUUGCAGAGCAUCUUUCAUGCAGAAAGGUCUUAUUUUGUUAUAAACCCACGUUAGAUCAGCGCAUACCAUGAGCAGCUCUCUUCAAUCCUUUAUUUCCAGUCAGCACCUAGGCCACAGCAGAAGCACUCAUGGCGCGCAGCCUGCCAGAUCCCAACCAAAGCCAUGUGUUCUACUAAAGGCCUGGUCACAAGCACACGGGAAAGGAAAGGAAAGGUCAAAACACCCCGCAGCAAAAGAACGGCGCGUUGGUACUUCGUUCACAAACAGAAUCACUGCAGGAGCUCGAGGAAUCCCUGCUUCUCCGGCUGCAUUUUGCUCCUGAUGUCACAUUAGAAAUUUAGUUCUGAUAUAUUUGGAAGCUAUACAAAUAGCAACUGACAGACUUCAAUAACUUCUGGCUCUUAAAUCACGAGCAUUCAGGUGCCACAAGAUAACACAAUCAUAUUAUCAGUAAUGAAAAACCUUUAAUUAUGUAUAACCCUCAGAAAAUAUCCUUGUCAUUUUAACCUUAUCUCAAAAGAAGAUGGUGCAUAUAAUUUUAUUAAUCCUGCUAAUAAAGGAUUUGGAAGAUAUCA